CUCUACUUCUAUUCUUCGUUUUGGAAUUCGCUGUCCUGUCUUCUGCAGCAACCAUGUCGGAGACCCCUCCAGUCGCUCAAGCUUCUUCCGCGGCUCCAGAGAAGCCUGCGGCUGCAAAGAAAACUAAGAAGCCCGCGAAGGCAGCGGCACCUCGUAAGAAGCCCGCUGGGCCCUCGGUGUCCGAGCUCAUUGUGCAGGCUGUCUCCUCUUCCAAGGAGCGCAGCGGCGUGUCCCUGGCCGCGCUCAAGAAGUCUCUGGCGGCCGCCGGCUACGAUGUGGAGAAGAACAACAGCCGCAUCAAGCUGGGGCUCAAGAGCCUGGUGAGCAAGGGCACCCUGGUGCAGACCAAGGGCACCGGCGCCUCCGGCUCCUUCAAGCUCAACAAGAAGGCAGAGGCGAAGUCUAGCACCACUAAGGUGUCAGUGAAGGCGAAGGCAUCGGGGGCGUCGAAAAAACCCAAGAAGACCGCUGGGGCUGCAGCCAAGAAGACUGUGAAGACACCGAAGAAGCCCAAGAAGCCUGCCGUCUCGAAGAAGCCUUCCAAGAGCCCAAAAAAGCCGAAGGUGGUGAAGCCCAAGAAGGUAGCCAAAAGCCCCGCCAAAGCGAAGGCGGUGAAGCCCAAGGCUGCCAAGGCGAAGGUGACAAAGCCGAAGACCGCAGCUAAGCCCAAGAAGCCGGCGCCCAAGAAGAAGUGAACAGUUCGGUUGGAGGCUUUUUUCCAGUAACCCAACGGCUCUUUUCAGAGCCACCUACAUAACUCAAAGAGCUUGGCACUCAUCUCACUUUUAUUUGGUACAAGCCAUGUUUAGUUUCGAGUAGACAUUGUAUGUGGCAGCUGGGGGCUUUUCCCCACCAAACCUAUCAGUGACAGGCUAUGGUUGGUCUGUCUAGCUCUGACUACACUUUACUGCAUAGUUAAGUAACAUUCCCAAGUAACUGAAAAUAACCUUAGCUGGGUGGAGUUAAAAGACGAAAUGGUAGCCCAGGGAGGAACUGCUCUGUUUCCAGGUGUGGUCGAUAAGUUAACCUUCCUGAUGGUGUGUUAGUACGGUUGGCACGCACUUCUCCAAGGUAAGUCCCCUGUGCUGCCAACAUGAGGCUGGGAACGCAGGUCCUCAAGGUGGGUGAUGUGUGCUGUAGCACUGAGGAAAUGGGACAUGGUCCGGACUAGAUUAAGAACAAUUGGGUUUUUUUCAAGCCUCAGAAGGUUGGGUUCUUUACAGGAACGCUGAGCGCUUGGAAGUUUGAUUUUGUGAGGGAAUGCUUGGUUCUUGAGCUCUUAGGGCAGAGUUGUUCCUUCUAUGUAGUACUGGAAAUGUCACUGGCAGGUCUUUAAGCCUGCCAUAGAUUUUGCUACCCAUUUGUGAUCUUGAACUGAGUCAGCUGCCUCCCAGGUACCCUUCUCUCCUCCCCAAGUCUUUGACUGGACUCCCCUACUCAAUCCUUUGAGUUCAGUUUUAAAAAAAAUAACUAUUGAUGUGGAUUGUUUGUACAUUUGUGCCUGGGGAUUAGAGAACAACUUGAAAUUGGUUCUGUUCCACAAAUUUGGGUUCAGGGGAUUAGCGCAAAUCAUCAGGCUUGGUGGCAAGUGCCUUUUACCAUCUGAGCCAUCUUUCCAACUCUGAACUUAGCUUUUUGGAUUUAUUUUGUUUUUGUUCUUUUCCUUUUUUUUUUUUUUUGCACUUGGCCCUAAACAAUAAUUGCUUUGUCUUUCAGUUAGGGUUAAUAUAGUGAAAAGUGACAUAUGCACACUUGGGUGUCUUGUUUUUCUUCAACAACAUUUUAGAAAAUCAAUUAGUAAGGUCACAGACCUUUUAUCUCAAGCACAUGGGAAGCUGAAGAUAAAGGAUCCUGAAUUCAGGGCAGCCUAGGCUACAAAGCCAGAGGCUGCCUUAAAACAAGUUAAGGGAGGAUUUGGUUGGGUGUGUUUGUCUUGUUUUUAACCAAAAAAAGUCUUUCACGUGAAGUAUUCUGAUCUAUCCAUUUGUUAAUAUGUUGGUAAACACUAAACUGAACAUGAUGCAACAAAUAGGAUUCCAUACUUCUAAUUAUAAAGUAUAUUUUACAUUUUUAGUAAAAGAACAUCUCAGCUUCCAGAAGAGUGUCAUUUUCCACUUCCCUUCCUCUGUGUGGGCUCAUUAAUUUCUGCAGAGUCUAAAGGAUGUAGAAUAAUUUCAGUUAUCUUAACUCAAACUAUCUUGAUCACUAGCAUCUACUUUGUUGGCUAUUUUAAUAUUCCAUCUGGGAAUUUCUUGCUUGUAUUUCUUGCUCAUUUUUUUUCCCAGUGGUCUCUCUUUUUGUUCCAUUAUGGUUUUGUUUGCUUGCUUGUUUUAGAUGUAUGCUUAUUUUUAUGUUAGUGUUUUUCUCACAUGUAUGUGUGUGUACUGUACAUGCCCUGGAAGUAGAGUUAACAGAUGAUUAUGAGCCACCAUGUGGGUAUGGGGAACAAACCACCAAGAGGUUGUUCUCUACAAGAACAAGUGUUCUUAACCACUGAGCCAUCUCUACCCUUGCAUCUAUUAUAUUUUUUAGUAUAGUAGAAAAUUUUUUUUCACCAUCAGCAUUGCACAGUGUUCUAUCUUUGAUCUUCUUUAUUUUCUGUGGCAUUUUUUAAAUUUUCAUAUUAAAUUUAAUGUUUUGAA